AUGGGCGAUGCAAUCGCGUCAAGUGGCGAUGGCAUUGAUCGCGGCAGCAGCAGCCGACGUCGACGAGGCAUCGGAGUGCCGUCCAAAUGGGGCGUGUUUGGUCCUCUCAGCGAGAUGCAUGCCGGGGUAUUGAAGUCAUCUAUGCGACCAUCGUCUCGAACUACCCCAGCAUCGGGGGCCACCGCGUCGAGACGGACCACGACCACGAACCGAACCAUCAACUUACCUGCUCGGUCCUUCUCAUUUCGGCAGCGACGAGGGAAGUUGGACACGCGCGCGAUUGCACAAAUCGAUUUGAAUCGCGUCGUUCGAGAGACCGACAUCGACACGAUCCAGAACCAAUUGGAGAACUUGGCGUUUUCAGACAUCACACUGCAGGAUUUCAACCAGUACUCGGACGAGUACUUUUUGAAGCUGUUUCAAAUCGCCCAGUUGACGGUGGAGUACCUCCUCAACGUCCAAGAGUCCCUCGUCAUGCACACGGAGGAGCUGGAGUCGCAGUGCGAGCAAGUCCAGCACGACUGUGCGGCGCUGGCAGACGAAAACGAGUCAGUGGACGCCGAGCUGCGGCUGCUCAAGCAAGAGAUCAAGCAGAAACAGAACACGAUAUCCACGUAUGAGCUCAUGCUGCUGACCCGGCAGCAUCAGGCUCCUCCUGUCCCGCCGCCUUCGCAGGGCCACCUACCGCCAUCGACUUUGCCGCCUGUCGAGUGCAUCUUGUGCAACAAAAAGUUCCUGUCCACAGAGUACUUGAUCAAGCACCAGCGCCACAAACACGUGGGUGGUGCCACUCAGUCACAAGUGACCAGUCCGGCCCCUACUACUGUGGUCCAAGUCGUGGCUGCGGAGCCCUCCCCCCCACCACCUGUAGCAACGCCGCCAGCAACUCCCGACUUGACGGUGGUGAACGCCUUGAUCAGCGCCAACACAGCCAUCCUGACCCAGCAAAUCGAAGCCAUCCACGUCCAGCUAGCCCAUGACAAGUCGGAGCGCGCGACGGAGACGCAGCUGUGGACGCAGCAGCACCAGUCGUUUGAAAACAAGAUGAUGGAGCACAUGGCUCGCAUGCAGGAGGCGCUCAAGGACAUGCACGUUCAGGCCCAAGCCCAGCGAAACGAAUGGACGCACUUCACCCACGACGUUUUGCAGAAAGCAGCAGACAAGGUCGUGGUAGCUACUACUAGUAACGUUAGUCCUCAUAUUGGGGCGAUGGUCCACGACGGAGCAGACGACCAGUGGCGACACGAUAUGUUGCACCAGUUGAAAGCGCAGCACGACAUGGACAGCCAGCACCGACAGGACCAGCUCGACCAAGAGCGACAACGGUGGAAUGACCGUGAAGCCCAGCUCCUAGCGCAACUCAACGACCAGAAGAACCAGCAACUGCCGACGUUGACCCAGUUGGUCGCUCUGGAAGCCCACAAGUACGGCAUCGACUACGGCUUCGCAUCGGCGCCAACACGGGAUCACCACGUCACAUGUCUGUCGCAGAUCAUUCAAACCGAUCCAAAUGUGUGCGACUCGCAGCAGCAAACAGACGAAGUUGUACAAGGGCCAAGUCGAGCGGUCGCUCAAGAGCUUCUGCCGCCUCCCACAGUCAAAGUAGAAGAGUCACCGCCUUUGCCCCUGCCACCCCCUGCGACGCUGCCCGCUGCGGGUCGUCCUGUCGACGAGGAGAGGAGGCCAUUGAAGCCAGCAAAAGAGUUGGCACCGAUUGAAACGUCGCCCCUCCAGCCAACUCUAUCGCAGGGGGCUCCAACAACAGUACCGACACGACAGCAUCAAGAGGCGGCCGCCGCCACAACGGUGCAAAAGGUCGCGGCGGGGUUCCUCACUCGUAAACACCUCAGCACCCCCGAGAACUGGCUCCUUCGGCACGGCCACAUUGAGGUCCCCAUCACCCCCCACAUGACAGCCAACGACUUGCGCCGGGUUCUAGCUCAAAAACUCGGCGAUGUCGACCCCCAUCGCAUCAUUCUGCACCACCGACCGUCGGGCAGCGAACUCGUGGGUGACGUGCUGGUGUUUUACACCCACGGGUUGGUCGACGUUGAAGUCAUUCCUGACCAUCCGUUGCUUUUGGACAAGUUGGUCGACACGUUCAACGCCCGCACGUCGCAUAUUCAGACGUUGCGCAAGACAUUACCAAGAGAUGAUGGCUCGUCAUCUAUCUCAACAACGAUGAGAGAUGUGGGCGGGGGGGUGGUCCAGCUCCAAGCACUUGUCCGGGGGAUGCUAAGUCGUCGGCGGGUGACGGAGCUGCGCAUCGACCGCCUCGUGGACUUGCGAUUGAAGCAACUGCAUGACCAUUCUUCGACUGACGAGGAUGCCGUCGCUCACCAUUUGCGAUACAUUCCCCGACGGGAAUCGUCUGAGAUACAGGGGGAAGCGGUCCGAGUGCAAGCGCGGCUUGUGCAGGCCAUGGCCACGUUUCACCCGUCGUCGUCGUCGUCGCAGACAACCAUGUCGCAGGCAGCGUUUGACAUGGCCAUGCUAAAGAUAAACGAGGCGAGGAAGUUGCAGCCAGCGCCGGUUCAAGGUCGCAUGGCGAGCCUCUUGGACGCGAUCCACACAGCCGCGAUGGAGCAUUAUGACCCGGCGCAAGCCAAAGCGGAUGAAAUCGAGGCGGACGCGGCCGUGUCGAUUCAAGCUAUGGUGCGGAUGGGACUAGCUAAGAAACUUGUGGCGCAACUGGCCAAGACAGCAGCCCAGAAGAAGGAGGAGAAGAAUCACCAGCUUGACCCAUUCAUACAACUGGAUGCCAACCCAGUGGCCGCCGAAUCCAAGCAAGUUGGCCACGAACAAACAGAUAAUGUCGACCCCCAAAAGACAGGGGAAGGUGUCGCCUUGGACGAUGAAGUAGAUGCCAAAGAGGUCGAGGAAGAAGAGCAAGACGGGGCGAUCACGAUCGAUGACUUCAACAAGCUCGAGGACCGCCCCAUGUCGGCGCAGCUCACGGCCGCCCUGGCUCGCACACACUAUGAGGAGGAGAAGGCCAGCCUCCACGCGCUGCACGCGGUCGCGUCCUCGCGUCUCAUCUCUCCGCACUCCAAUACCCAGCUCAAGUCGAUGCAACGCCGCAGCAGCCGCGGCACCAUGCUGCACAACGCCCGCUAAUCCGUUGGUUCCAACACCAAUCAGUUGAACGAUCUAGUGGAAACUGCUCGUAUGAUGUUAUUACUCGGAAGCACUAGUAGUACUAGUACUACUAGU